GACCAUAGCCCACCCAGUACAGCUGAACCUCGCGGCCAUCGAUGACGAGAUGAUGUGAGACUGACGCUCAGAAGCAUUUCGCGAUGUGGCGAUGAUAGACCUGAUGCGGGAUGGACGGCGGAGGAGUACGAGGAGUACAUACGUCGCUGCUGCACCAUUACUGUUGCGACUGUUGCGACCCAAGAUAUUUCUCGGCGCGAUGACGUCGAUAAAGUUCCGCCCAUCCAUCAUCACCCCCACCCCUUUACCACACCUCUGGGCCAGUGGGUCCAUGCAAGUCACCAGUCGAAUGAGACGUAUGAUACGAGCGCAGCAGGAAAUCAACAUGCAUGACACCUGCAGAAUGCUCACUCGGCUCUACUGCCCGACUUGUAGGUGUGCUGUUUCAAGCUACCGCCACUCCGCCCCUCGCCUUGUUGGAAGGGUGGAGCUUUGCCGGAUUUAGCCUGCCACACACCCAGUCUGCCACCACCACCCUCGAAACGACACCAUCAUGGAUCAUAGAGGCGGAUCGACAGAUCAUCGCCACCAGACGGCUUGCCCAGCUUCCCCGUAGGGCGAAGCUAACCGAAGUCACUGUCCCAGACCUGGGGUUCGACAAUGUGAGACAUAUGUGCUCCGAGGUCAAACCUAUGAUGGGGCGGGCCAUGACAGUCAUUUUGCCAGGAGCAGGCCCGCCUGACAGACAGCAGGCAGUGGCAAGGGAGUGAUCAGCGUAUCCGUCUUAAACUCACGUCCGCAACCCCGACACCGUUUGAUCUCUCACCGGUCUCAGUGGCCCCGGUCAAUGGGAACGAGCAGCUGACCGAAGGCUGCGCAGCCGCAGCAAGCUCCGACGAUCGUUCUUGAUGCAUGGCGGUUACCAGUGAGACUAACACCAGCAAACUGUUCUGCGUCU